AUGGACGCCCAUACCAUCUCACACGCCUCGACGCUCCUCGCCCGAUCCGACUCGAGUGCCGUCGCAUCAGGCGUGUUCAUCGGUAUAUCCUUCGUGCUGAAGAAAAUCGGUCUUCUCAAGGCCAACGUGAAAUACAAUGAAGAAGCCGGCGAGGGAUACGGGUAUCUGAAGAAUUUCUGGUGGUGGACCGGCAUGACCCUCAUGAUCGUUGGAGAGAUCUGCAACUUCGUCGCAUAUGCCUUCGUCGAUGCGAUCCUGGUCACUCCACUCGGAGCACUGUCAGUGGUAAUCACGACGAUUCUCUCGGCCAUAUUUCUGAAAGAACGGCUGAGUUUUGUCGGGAAAGUGGGCUGUUUCUCGUGUAUUAUUGGGUCGGUGGUCAUUGCCAUGAAUGCCCCCGAACAGUCGUCUGUCAGCAAUAUCCAGGAGAUGCAGCACUUUGUCAUUACACCUGGGUUUUUGUCGUAUGCGGGUGUUAUUCUGCUGGGCUCGUUUAUUGUGGCUAUCUGGGUUGCGCCCCGGUAUGCGAAGAAGAGCAUGUUUGUCUAUAUCAGCAUUUGCAGUUUGGUUGGUGGAUUGAGUGUGGUUGCGACGCAGGGGUUGGGAUCUGCUAUUUUGGCGCAGAUCAAUGGCGAGUCGCAGUUUAAGCAGUGGUUUCUUUAUGUUUUGUUUGUUUUUGUGGUUGGGACGCUUUUGACGGAGAUUAUCUAUCUCAACAAAGCUUUGAAUAUAUUCAAUGCCGCUCUCGUCACGCCGACUUACUACGUCAUGUUCACCACUGCGACUAUCGUGACUUCCGCUGUCCUAUUCCAGGGAUUCAAGGGUACCGGUACCCAGAUUGCCACUGUGGUCAUGGGCUUCUUCCAGAUCUGCUCUGGCGUUGUCUUGCUGCAGCUGUCCAAAUCUGCCAAGGAUGUCCCCGAUGCUGCGGUCUUCAAGGGCGACCUUGACCAGAUCCGUGAAGUUGCUACACAGGAAGAGCCCGAGUAUGAGCCCAAGGCCGACUCUAUCCGUGGCGCAGCUUCUAUCAUCCGCCGUAUCUCUACGACCCGUCGCACUGCAGAGGCCGAUGAGGCUAGGCGUUAUGUCCACGACAAGCAGGAAGACUUCCUCCGGCCGCCAAAUGAGAAUGAGAUUAUCGAAUGGGACGGUAUUCGCCGCCGCAAGACGGUUGUUGGCGAGGGGCCUACGAUGUCUCGACCGAUUACUCCGCGCUCGCCUUCAAUCAAGCAGCACCUGCCGCCGUUGGGCAUGUCACGAUUCCCGGACCCUGAACCUGAAGAUGAUGAUGAGCACCGACCUACUACUAAGCAAAGUGGGCGCUCAUUCUUUAGUGAUGUCCGGUCUCGAGCUUCUAGCGUGCUUCAUCCAAACUGGAUCCCGCUGAAUGAACAGAAUGACAAAAGCAUAAGUGGCGGUGUCGAUACCGAGUAUCACGGUGCUGAUCAUGGUCUGGAAGCUCCACCACGAUUCAUUGGCCGAGACCGCAGCGACACACCCCGAUCUAUUCACUGGGCAGACAAGGAAAGCGAGACUGAACUGUCAGAGAAUACCGCACGCCGUCAGUUCUCUUUCAACAACAUGUUCAACCGAAUGCGAGGAGGAUCUCAUGAUCAACCCUCCAAGCGCUCCGGAAGCCCACCUCGAGGCAUUCUCCGCCGAUCCAACCUCGUCCCCGACCUUCGCUCGUCGGCGACAGAGGAAGAAAACCUGGGUCUGGUCAAAGGCGAUUCCCGGGCCGCACACCCAGAAGAAAGCCUAGGAGAGAAACUGGAGCGGUGGUCCAGCAGCGAAUCCGAAGCCAAUGAAGCCAAGCCUAUGCACCCACGCUCCUUCCCGCAGCCACAGCUUUCGCCUGUUCCUCCAAUGCCGGCCGGUCGUCCACAUGGAGAUAGUGUCUCCAGCAUGUCGACAGCGGCAUUCCCGCCUUACGAAGACCACCACGCCUUCUACUCCCAAGGCAACGCCUCAAACCCCUACUACCUUCCACCAUCAUACCAUGCCUCCAUUUCACCAGAACGCAUGGAUGAGCACGAAGGCUGGCAACUUCCAGGCGGUGGCACGCGAACACGCACACGAACAAACUCUUCCUCACACCGCGCCCCUCCACCCUCUCAAUCCUCUUUCUCUACCCACCGCCACCCAAACCCGCUCCCCCUCUUCCAGAUAGAGAAGAGCCAACCGCAGCCAGCGGCGACGCCCCUGUCAUGA